CCCAAGGCCUUAGAUCGCAGCAUCCGAGUAGCAGGCGCACAGCUCCACGCUCUGCCGGCUGAGUUCAGUCAGUCAUCUCCCCGUGUUUGCCUGUGGGGGGAGCGCGUGCGCCUUUUCUCCGGGUUCCAUGUCUUUCUCACGCCGACAGACGUAAGGUCUCUCCUCCUCCUUCUCCUCCUCCUGCUCUCUCCGACCAUUCAAACUGCUCAGCUAGAGAUCGAAGGAACAGGGUAACCGGGCUGCGGAAACCGGGGGACCAGUAGCUUAUCAACUGCACCAUCUGCUUCCCAUUCCCCCGGACUCCUCAUCGAGUUGCACCGGACAGCUUUCCGCGCACACAGACACGUCCCCGGGAUGGAGUGAGAGCGGAUCUUCGGACACAGGAACAAGAGGGGAAACUGUGGUAGACUAUGGGAUGGACGAAGCUGAGCAGGACCAGUAUGAGGCCAGACUCAAGGAAUUGUUUGACAGCUUUGACGCCACUGGUACAGGAUCUCUGGAUCAAGAAGAGCUGACUGAUCUCUGUCAUAUGCUCCAGCUUGGGGAAGUGGCACCCUCCCUACAGCAUGCCCUUCUGCAGGACAAUCCUCUAGGCAGAGUUCAUUUCGACCAAUUUAAAGAAGCUCUUAUUCUUGUACUCUCCAACAGUCUGUCAAAUGAAGAUGCCUUCCAGGAACCAGUGUCAUCUACUGAGGUCCAGCCCAAAUACAUUAAAGAUGGAAAGCGGUAUGGCAGGAGGUCUGUGCCUGAACUUCAGGAUUCUCUUGAGUUUGAUGAAGAGACAGUGAUUGAACCUGAAGAUGAAGGUACCAGGUCUUCACAUGUCGGCUCCAGAAACUGUGAAGAGAUGUGGAAAAGUGAAGAGGGAGACGAAUAUGAAGCCGAAGGCCAGUUAAGAUUUUGGAACCCUGAUGACCUCAGUGCUUCUCAGAAUGUGUGCACUACAGAUCAAGAAUGGUUGGAACAGAAGUUGCAGUUGGUCUGCGACGACCUUGGCAUCACGCGAAACGAUCACUUAAACGGGAAAAAGCUCAUCUCAAUAUGUGAACAGUAUGGUUUGAAGAACUUGGACGAAGAGACCCUGGAAGAUAUGAUUCAGAAUCUAGAUCAAGAAGAAACAAUGAGCCUCCAGGAUUUUUUCUAUGAAGUCUGUAAAAAUAGCAAACCUUUAACACCAUCAUCCUCAACUCCCUACCGACACCUAAAGAGGCACCUCUCUAUGCCGUCUUAUGAUGAGUGUGGAAGACGAACAAUAACUCCAUCGUCCAUGGUAGGGGCUGUUGGCUUCCGCUUACUAUCUAAGCUUGAUGAUGGAACAGGCUACGGUUCAGUGGAAGACGUCAUAGAUCUUUGGCAGGAAGAAGGAAUAGAAAACAGCCAAGCAAUACUUAAGGCCCUGGAUUUCAAUCUAGAAGGUAAAAUUAACCUGGUGGAUCUUACAAUGAUCCUGGAAAAUGAGCUUUUGAUGACCAAAAAUGAGGUGUAUCAGGCUGCGCUGGUCAGCUUCCGUUCAGAGAUCAGGCACUUAUUGGAACGAGCUGAUCAAGCUGCCAGAGAGAAAGAAAAGCUCCGCUCUGAUCUGGAGAAAAAUGAAAAAUUGAAAAGCCAGAUGGCUUCAGAAGUGGAUGAUCAUCAUGCAGAAAUUGAACGGCAAAAUGAAUACAAUCUUAGGAAACUGGAUGAGGAAUACAAGGAAAAAACAGCAACCUUAAAAAAUGAACUGCGGAAUGAGAGAGACCAAAUUUUACAGCAGACCACAAAACAGCGUCUUGAACUGGAACAAGAACUUGAUAAGGCAAAGGCAGAAGAGAACUAUCUCAGAGACAGACUCAAUUUGUGCUUAAAGGAAAACUGUCGUUUGGAGACUGAAUUGUUGCAAACCUCUGAAAAGCUGGUUGAAUAUGAAACCCUGGCAUGCAAACUGCAGAGAAGCCUGGAUAAUAUCAUGCGGGAAAAGUUUGGUGACAUGGAUCCCACAUGUAUGGAGUUCCUUAGUCAAGAGGAGAGGUUAGCACAAAUGAGAAAUGAGUAUGAGCUCCAACGAAGGGAGCUGCAGGACCGCAUUGAUGAACUUCAGCUGGAACUUGAAGACUACCGCACACAAGGUCUUAGAGGAUCCAGGAGAUCACUUAAAAAUUCCUUGUUUGAUGAAAUGGACAAUAAAAAUGCUACUGAAACUGAUCAGGGUAUUGGGCCAGAAGAUUGUCCCCCGUUAAACAUGAGCAUAGAGGCAGAGAUGGCCAUUGAACAGAUGAGAGAGCAGCAUAACCGGGAAGUGGAAAUUCUGACAAAUGAACUUCAAUGCAAAACAACUCAUUGUGAAGAACAACUGAAAGAAAUGAAAUCUUUAUUUGAGAAAGAGAAAGCUAUUCUCAAGGAGCAGUUCGAAGAAGAGAUUCAAAAAGCAGAGGUGCAGUUACAAUUCCUACAAAUGCAGCAUGCAGAACUGGAAGCUGACAUUUUGAAACUGAAGGAGGAACAGUAUAAGACAGAAUGUGAACACCAGAGGGAGAUAAGCAACAGAGAAGCCUUGUUUCAUGAGCAAAAGAGUCUCCUGGAAGAAAAGGAGGCUGCCUUACAGAAGCAGCUAACAGAAUCUAAACAGACUUUCUUAAAGGAGAAAGAAGAGUUUGCACAAAAAGCAGAGAAGGCCGAAAAGAAGACGGAGACCAAAUUACUUGCACUGACAGGAAAGUUUGAAGAGGAGAAAAAACAGUUAGAGCAAAGUUUCCAGGAGCAACUUGACAGUCUAACAGUUAAACAAGAGGUUCACUUACAGAAUCAGCUAACUCAAGCUAAACAGACUUUGCUUUUAGAGAAAGAGGAGUUUGCACAGAAAGUAGAAAAGGAGGCCAAUACCAAAGUAGUUGCACUAACAAGAAUGUCUGAAGAGGAGAAAAAGCAGCUUGAGCAGUAUUUCCAGGAGCAAAUUGCAAAUCUAACAGUAAAACAGGAGUCUGUCUUACAGAAUCAGCUUGCUCAAGCGAAACACUCUUUGCUUUUGGAGAAAGAGGAGUUUGCCCAGAAAGUAGAAAAGGAGACUGAGGCCAGAGUGGCUGCACUAACAAAAAAGUGUGAAGAGCAGAAAAUUCAGCUGGAGCAGAGUUUCCAGGAAGAAAUUGCAAGUAUAACAGAAAGACAGCAGUCUGAAAAAGAAGACAGGACAAAAGUUUUAGAAACCCAUCAUCUCGAACUCCAGAAAGAAAGGGAAAAAAUGGAAACCGAGUAUAACAAAAGAAUAUCAGAUAUGGAAUUUGAGUUUUCUAAGGAUUUUGAAGCAGCAAUGAAGAACCACGAGGAGGCUUUAGCAAAGCUUGAAGACAAGUACCAAAAUAACCUAAAAGAUCUCACAGAAAAGCAUACAGAAGAAAAAUCUCAGUGGGAAUUUGAAAAAGAAGAGCUUAUUCAAGACAAUAUAGAGGCACAGGAAAGACUGAAGGAGAGAAUAGAAAAGGGUAAACUUGAAGCCUGUUCUGCACUUGUACAAGAGAGAGAACACAUGGAGAAGACUUAUAAAGCGUAUACGAAUAACUUAGUUGCAGAAAAACAACAGGUACAGAAGGAGUUGGAAAAUCUGUUGGCCAAUUCAAAAAAGGAAGAAUCUCAAUUAUCUGCUAAGAUCAGUCAACUAGAAAGUGAUCUGCGAGAGGAGCUCACUGAGCGGGAUGAACAGUUGUGCCAAGCUGAGAAAAAUGCUCUACUCCUAAAGGAAACUAUAGAAAAACUGGAAAGGGAGCAUAAUUUGGAAAAAGAGCAUCUUUGUUCCAAACUGAAAAAGUCUGAGGAACAAUAUAAAGACCAUAGUGAGAAAGCAAAACAAAAGAGAGAAGAUAUGUUUGUAGAAAUAUCUAGGCUUCAGAGCACAAUCAGUGGACUGCAAAAUGAGAUUAGUUCUUUAUCUAUACUUCAAGGAAAUUAUAAUUUAAUGAAGAAAGAGAAUGCAGAGCUGAAAAAUCAUAUAACACAUCUCCAGAGCAGUGCAUGCAUGGAAGAGGACAUGGUUGUUUUAAAAAAUCUGCAGAAUGUGCAUGAGCAAACAGUCAAAGAAAAUGUCAGGCUUGCUUCUGAGCUUUCUAGACUACGUAAGAAGCUUGACAUACUUCAGUGUAAGACUGGUAAGAACAGGUUUUUGGAACCACAAAAUGGACCUCAGACAGAGAAAAAACAGCUCUUAGGGGUCACAGAAAAUGAGGACAGCAGCACUGUUGAAGGGGAUGAUAAUGGUCAUUAUAUGGAGACCCUGGAAGAUGUCAACCUGAGACUUCAAAGCAAAAUUAAAGAGCUUAAAAAUACAACAGAGGCAUUGGCUAAAAUGGAAAAAAGCUAUAAGAAUGCUAAAGCCGAGUAUGGUCACCUUCAGAAUCAGAUGCUUCAGCUACAAGAAAACAUGCAGCAAGUGACUUUAGAAAAUGAACUUAUGAAAAAAGCAGUAAGUUCAGAGGAGUUUACUGUUCCAGACCUUGAACAAACGCCUCUCACCAUUCCAGGCCUAAAACUGAUCUUGGCAGUUGCCAAGAAAGAAAAUUUGCAGCUUCAAGAAAAAUUAAAUUACAUGGAGCUUAAAAAUGUGGAAGCUGUGAAAAACAACAGCGAACUUUCCUCUGAAGUACUUUGGUUGCAAAAGGAGAUUCAAAAUAUGGAGGAAAUAGCAGAAGCUUCACUGAAACUAGAAAACAUGUACGAAGAGACAAAGAAAGAAAACCAUAAACUAAUGGUGCUCGUUGCAGAUCUAGAGGAGACAGUCCGUGACAUGGAAGCAAAACAGUGUAUGAGACUUCAGUAUGUAAACAAAGAAAUUCAAACAACCGAUUUUACCUCUGAAACUAAUAGGGUGGAACCCCACAUCAAGAAUACUGAUGAAUGCUUUCAAAGAAAUAUGAAAUCUCUCAAAACACAGGAUGAAAACGAUACAAAAUCUAUAGGGAGUCCCAAAAGACCACAUAAUCAGGGGAAUGGCGAUGAGAAUCUUGUAGGAAAAGGAAGAAUAGAAGUCCUCAGCCCACGAAACAGGACUAUGCAAAGAGAACCAAACGUUUUAGAAUCCCAACUGCUGGACAAGCACAGUGAAAUGCAGAAGAGAGUUGAAUUUCUGAGAUCUGAGAACAAAAAACUUAAAGAAGAAAAUGUUGCAUUAAAAUCUGAAAUAAGCACUUUAGAAGAUGAAGGUGAACUGAAUAAUCAGAAAAUAAAGGAUGUCCAGGAUGCAUGCGAGGAAAUGUGGGUGAACCUAGAGACUGUGCAGAAUGAGAAGAGUGCACUUCAGAAGGUGGCAGAAAGUCUGUCUAAACAGCUGUCUGAAGUGAAAACUAGAAACCAGCACCUUGAUUCUGAAAACGCAGAACUGAGCUUAAAGAAUGCAAAAAAUCAAGCAGAUCUUCAGGAUCUAAACCGUAGGCUAGUGGCUUUCCUGAAGCAGAAGGAUAAGAAAGAUCUUACCAAGGGCUUGGAGGAAUGGCAGAGAGACAGGAGUCUGAUAAACGAUGAACUGGAAAGUUACAGAGCAAAGGUUGGAGAUAUAGAAAAAGAACUGGCUAACCUCAAACGUCACAAUCGGUUUUUAGAACAAGAGAACACACUACUGAAACAGGAAAUUGAAACUAAGCAGCUCUCUAAAUGCUCUGAAUUCACUGACCUCAAGAAUGAGAUCUCUGGCUUACUAAAUAAAAAUGAAAUGAUGCUUAAAGAAAAAGAAGCGUUGGGGGAGGAGCUUAACAGAUGUGCGGAAAAGUGUGCUAAAGUUACCCAUCUCGAAAGCAAGAUUGCAGACUUGAAGCACGAACAGAAGUCUUGGGAACAGCAAACUCACACACUAAAAUCCCAGCUCUCACUCUCCUUGGAAAAGAUCCAGAGCCUGGAGGAGAGCCUGCAAAGUGUAAAUCUCCAGAUAUCACGGAUCAAGUCAGAUCUGCGUGUCGCACAACAGGAAAAAGAAUCCCUAAAACAGGAAGUGAUGUCACUACACAAGCAACUGCAAACCUCCAAUGCAAAGAACCAGGUCCUUGAAAUGACUUUGCAGUCCUCUGGGUUACAAAGUCAACAGAAGAAAAUGUACUGGGAUGAUCUGGAAAAAUUGAUGGAACAGGAACAGAAGCUUCUACGACAGGAGAACGAGAGACUCCUUAAAGAGGUUCAGAAUGCAAAGUCUGACCUGGCCCAGUGCAGGGAAAAGGUACGGCAGCUGGAAUCUGCUCUUAUUUCUGUGAAACAGCAGAAGCACCAGAAUCAGUCAAGCAUGGUAAAGGUUUUAGAACAGGAAAAGUCCAGCUUAAAACGAGAAUGUGAUCACCUUCAGAAAGAGCUGGCCUCUGCUAAUAGGAAGAUUAGCCACUUGAGCUCUCUGGAACGGGAUUUGGAUGCCGUUAAGACAGAAAAUGAUGGUUCAAGAACAAAGCAUGGGAAAUUUGAUGAGCAGUUAAUGGAUAUGCUGCACUCAGCUCCCAGUGCGACGUUUAGCCUUUCCCAGCAGCAAAACUGUGCCACCGUCCCAAGGGAGCAGUACCUACAUCUCCAGCAGGCAGAUAGAAGAAGCCAGCAACUCCAGGCAGCAAUGGAAAUUAGGAACUCCAACACCAACUCUCCACAGAGUGCUCAGGACCAGCUUUUGAAGAAAAUGGAAGCACGCAUGAUGGAUGUUGAAGAAAAGCUUAGGUUUGUGAAAAUGCUUCUGCAAGACAAAGUGAAUCAACUGAGGGACCAACACACAAAGAAUACUAGAGCCGAUGAGGUCAUUAAAGAUUUGUAUGUGGAAAAUGCUCAGCUGCUGAAAGCUUUGGAGAUGAGUGAGCAGAGGCAUCAGACUUCUGAAAAGAAGAAUUAUUUGCUGGAAGAAAAGAUCUCUGGGCUUAAUAAAAUUGUGAGAGAUUUGGCUCCGCCCCCACUUAGUACCGUGCAUACUCCCCAACGGCGCUGCUAACUAAAUCCACCACUGCCCUAUAUAUUUGUAAUGAAAAUGGAAUAUUUAUAUGUGAUAUCCCUUUCAAUAACAAGUGUUUUCACUGCCAUAGGAGCUGCUGAGACUUGCCACACCAAUUUAAACUGCCUAAAAUUGCUCAGGACCAUGUAGCAUACUGUAUCUUUCUGGUAUUCCAGUCCAUUCUCUGCCUUCCUCCUGUUUUGCCACUGCCAAAGUCUUUCUUCUCAUUGCAUCAGAAUCUGAUUUAUAGUCCUUAUUUACCAUUAGACCAUACCAAUAUCAAUUACUGUGCCUUGAGUAUCAAACAUUGUUGAAACAGCCAUUCAGAAAUAUCAUGGAGUUAUUUAUCAUGGAGUUUAGUAUUUAUGUAUUUAAAAAUGGACAGCACUGUGUAAACACAUAGCACAAUAUAAAGUGAGAUAUACAUACAUAGAUGAUACUCUGGGGCAGAUUUAUGGGUUUUUUUUUUACAGAGCAGGCAUUUCAUAACAAUUGUUAUAAUCCUUAAAGGGGAACCUCGCCAAAACAUAACUUAAGCUUUUUGAAAGGUAAACAUAAUUUCAAGCAA